AUGGCUAUGGAACAGUAUAACCAUUCUAUAAGAGACUACGGCACGGAUCUUAUUAGUAUCCAGAAACAACCCUCUGGAGAAGAGGAAGUUACGGCUUUAUACGAGUGUCGUAUAUGCAAAAAAACAUUUUACAAUACCUUGGCCUUACACAAUCAUACGAGGUUACAGCAUGAUGAUGCUGAUGUCUCAAACAGUGAAACAGAACAAAAAAUUAACGAUUCCAGAAACGGCGAUAUUUUAGAGACAUACCGAGAUUUCAAAUUUAUACCCUUAAAUAAAUUAAUAGAGGAUGAAAUUGUCGUGGAAAACGGCUUAUCCAAACGUACUUUUAGUGAAGACAUGAGCUAUAUCUUAGUGAAGAUAGAAGGUGAUGACGUUACUAUUUCUGCAAAGCGAUCUAGACUAGAUGGCGUUCUUCGAAGAACUCAAAUUAGGACUCCCAAACCACCAGUCGAUUUGAGGGGCCCAUUCACUUGUACUCUACCUUCAUCGUAUCGUCCAGAUUUACAAUGUCAUCAAAUUUUCUUUAACUGUUGUGAAUAUUCCUUGCAUUAUCGUGAAAAACAUACGAAGCGACGCAAAGCUGCGUUACGUUGUCAAGUGUGUGAGAAACGGCUAGAUAGAGAUUUUUCCGCCACCACAUUGCCAACACAAUUAAAUAUAACAAACAACAUAACUUUUCCAUGUCGCUUAUGUGGACAAGUUUUUUUAGAAAGAACUAGAUACGAGGAGCACAAUCGCUUAAUACAUGCCAAAAUGAAACCACACCAGUGUUCUAUUUGUGCAAAACGAUUUACGCAGCAAGGGGGGUUACAGCAGCACAUGCGAAUGCACACCGGCAUACGUCCAUUUGUAUGUUCAUUUUGCACCAAAGCAUUUACCCAAAAGGCAGGCUUGGAUCAACAUUUGCGUACACAUACUAAAGUAAAGCCUUUUAAAUGUGUCAUAUGCAGUAAGUGUUUCUCACAGUCAGUGCACUUACGUCAACAUAUGCGUACACAUACAAAUAUUCAGCCGUUUGAGUGUCCAGUUUGUGGGAGGAGAUUUAAACAAAGCAGCCACUUAAACUUUCACAUGCGUUCACAUGUCGGCGAGACAAAUGGCUUGAUAGUUGAUCAAUACAAUCAAACAAUACAGCAGCACGAUCCGAUUGAUUUUCUAAAUUUAACGAAUACUCAGCCUUCGCAAGGUGUUGAAACCAUUUUUCACACGCGUUCACAUGUCGGUGAGACAAACGGAUCGGCAGCUGAACAAUUCACGCAAGGUGUAGAGCAGCAGGAUCCCAUCGAAUUUCUGAAUUUGUCGAAUGUUCAGCGGGCACAAGAUGGCGACACUAUUUACCAAAUGCACUCGCAUGUUGGCGAGACAAAUGACUUGAUAGUUGAACAAUUUACCCGAGCUGGAGAGCAGCAGGAUCCUAUUGAUUUUCUUAAUUUUUCUAAUGUUGAGCCUGUACAAGAUGGCGAAACGAUCUAUUACGCAGCAGAUUUAGAGUCCUUACCGUCUUCAUAUCAGAAUCCUAUGGCUUUAGAUCCACAAGUGAUGUUUUUUGAUGAUCAUAUCAAUAAGUAG